GACCGGUUGAGGUGUUUUGUUUUGGUUUGGGUGGUUUGGGGAGGCGGUUUCAAUCUUUCCGAAACAAAUCUCUCAUGUUCUCGAAUGCUUUUUGCUAUUAUUCAAUUUUAUUGAAGUGGCAAGAGCUUCAAUGAGUAUGCGCACAGCCUUUUUAAACUUUGUCUAGCUUUUUCGUGGCUUGUUUUGUCUUCUGACUCCUUGACACAACGUUUCUCUGAAGGUCAUAGGAGCCUCAAGCCACCUCAAGCAUAGAUCACUUUUCUUUGUUUAAAGCUUUAAGCUGUUUAUGUAAAUGGCAUGGCAAGACAUCAGAAUUAUCUACAAGGACAUGCCAAACGAUUUGUUCUUGGAGACAACUGGGCUGAGCCAUACACUAUUGAUGAGUUAGCAGUUGACUCAAAGAAAGUUGCAGAAAUUUCUUCUUGGCUAUCAUCUCAUAGACGGAAAUGUGGAAUUCUGCUUCUUACGGGACCAACAGGCGGUGGCAAAACAACUGUUGUCAAAUGUGUAGGUCGUAGUUUGGGUUUUGAAAUAAGAGAAUGGAUUACACCACUGGACAGAGACUUUCAAAAUGGGGCAGAGUCUGGAGUAUUUCAAAACCAAACAGAAAAGUUUGAAGACUACUUGUAUUCCUGUAGCCGGUAUGCUGAUCUAUUUGUUAAAUCCUCGACUGCUGCUUCACUUCUUUUGGUAGAAGACUAUCCAAACAUAUUUUUGCUGAAACCAGAAAUAUUUCAUGAUUUAUUAGGGAAAUACUCUAUGACUGCUAAGGCUCCCAUCAUUUUUAUUUGCUCCGAUGUGGCAGAUAGAAAUUUAAAUAUUGAAAUGGAACUAUUUCCUGCUAGUAUCCAGAUGAGACUUGGAAUGACACAUGUAAAGUUGAAUCCUGUUACCAAAGCAAAAAUGCUGCUAGCAGUGAAACGCAUGGCAUCUUAUUUGCAAUCAAUAUCUCCUGGGUAUAAGCCUCCACCUUCAGACGUUGUGAAUGAAAUUUGUGAAAGUGCCAGUGGAGAUGUGCGAUAUGCCAUGUUGACUCUUCAAAUGAAACCUCAAGAAGAUGUUGCAGCACUAUUUGAUUUGGCUGGAAAGAAAGGGCCCACACGAAAGAAGACAAAUGCACAGAAACUCACCCAAGAAGAAGAAGUUGUCUCAACUUGUGGGAAAGAUGAUCGAGUGGGGAUUCUCCGGGCUGUGGGCCGUAUCCUGUACCCUAAGUGGCAGUCAGAAGGAGAUAAACCCCAGAGUAGUCAAGUGAAGCGCAAGAGGAAAGUGGAUGACAAGCAUCUUGAUGCCUCUGUACCAGGAGCAGAGUGGAUUCACAACCCAAGCACUAUUGUAGACUCUUAUAUAUCUUCUGCUGGUUCUCUUUUACUGUUGGUUGAAGAAAACUACCUCAAGACUUACUCAGCUAUUGAGUCUGUCUCUUUAGCUGCUAGGUGCUUAAGUGAUGCAGACAUUAUGAUGAAUGGUGUGGGUGUUGAAGCUUCAAAUGAAAUAUGUUUGGAUGCAUUUGUACGAGGUGUCAUGGUGCAUAAUAAAAUUCCCAAUAGAGCCUUUACUCCUGUUAAGGGGUCACGUUAUCAUGAGCUCACGAACACUCAACAAAAAGUCAAUGCCUUGACUGAAACACUUUUUCCACUGUACCCAGUCAGUCAUACUGUUUUGAUGAGUGAUGUUAUUCCAUACAUGCCCUUUUGCUGUGCGGAACAUCUCUCAAAUGACCAAGGCAGAUUUGCAUCACAUGUAACUUCAAUGGAACCUCUCAAAAGUUUCUGUGAAAAUUUUAGAUCUUUUAAAGACUCACAGAAGGAGCAAAAAUCGGAGAAAGUCACCUUUUUUAUUGAUCCGAAGAAACAAGCUGUUCAGCAGGAUGACGAACUUCACAUUUCUGAAGAUGAGAGUGAUGAUGACAACAAUGAGGGAGCUAAGAAUCUAUCCAUGCUGGUUGAUGCCAUAGCUGCAGAUGAAGAAGAGGAUGAAGGUGCCCAUAAUUUAACUCUACUUGAAGAGGCUAUAAGAGAAGAUUCCCAACAAGAAGUUGACUAUGCUGCUCUCCUGAAUGAUUCGGACGAUGAUGAUCUUUUGCUUACUCAGAUGUGACAAGACUGAUGUGUGUUCGGUUUCCCUCUGCACUCAAGAGGGAAGUUCUGUUUGUGAUACUGUCUGUUGAUUUAAGUGGUUUGUUUUUUGUUUCAUUAACUGUAUUAAUUUGAAAGUACUGUAGUUGAUUUUUCUUUGGUUGAAUCAACUUUGUCAAUAUAAACUUAAAAUAUCAAGUUGCAA